AUGGCACAGUUUGGAUUAUGUGCACUGCUCCUGUUCUCUGGACUGGUUCAUCAUAUCAAAAGCCAUAUUAGAAAGGAGGACAAAACUGGUGAGAAGGAACAACCCAAUUUCAUCAUUAUCUUAGCCGAUGAUAUUGGGUGGGGUGACCUCUGGGUGAACAGGCCUGAUAUCUUCACACCAACACCCUGGCUGGACUCAUUAAUGCUGAAGGGCAAAAGAUUCACAGACUUCCACUCUCCUGCCUCCACGUGCUCACCGUCACGCGCUGCCCUCCUGACCGGCAGACACGGGCUGCGCAAUGGGGUCACUCAUAAUUUUGCAGUGCGGUCAGUCGCGGGAAUGCCACUCAAUGAGACAACAUUUGCUCAGCUCCUGCAUGAGGCAGGUUAUUAUACAGCAAUGAUCGGAAAAUGGCACCUUGGACACAAUGGUUCCUACAAUCCUGUUCAUAGAGGUUUUGACUAUUACUUCGGUAUUCCUUAUAGUAAUGACAUGGGCUGCACUGAUGAACCAGGCCUCGACCUUCCCAGCUGCCCUCCAUGCAUCAUUAAUCAAUAUACUACCAGGAAGCAUGAAGGAUGCUACACUCAAGUGGCACUACCUCUGUUUGAAAAUGAGACAAUAAUUGAACAACCUUUGGAGACAUGGAGCCUUAAAGACAGAUAUGCCAGAGUGGCAGUCGAGCAGAUAUUUACAGCCAGCAUUUCUAAGCAGCAGCCGUUCCUGCUGUAUGUGGCUCUUGCUCACAUGCAUGUCCCACUGUUCCAUAACACCUUCCUAAACGUUACGACGCAAGAUCCUUACACAGCCAGCCUCAGUGACAUGGACUCAUUGGUGGGGACAAUCAUGCAGGCGGUCAGCACUGAGCAGCUGGAAAACACAUUGAUAUGGUUCACUGGUGACAAUGGCCCGUGGGAGCAGAAAUGCCAGUUUGCUGGGCAUGUUGGGCCUUUUGUUGGAAGAUGGCAGACGAGCAGAGGUGGUGGCUCAGCCAAGAGAACCACAUGGGAAGGAGGUCAUAGAGUUCCCACAGUGGUCACAUGGCCAAAAAAGAUCAAACCCAACAGCACCAGCAGUGCCCUGCUGAGUGGUCUGGAUAUCUUCCCAACCAUCCUCUCCCUGGCCGGUGUGAAACCACCAUCGGAUCGACGCUAUGACGGCAUUGAUAUAACAUACAUUCUGCUCAACGACUCUGACGAAGGGCAUAGGAGUCUCAUGCAUCCAAACAGCGGCGCUGCAGGACAGUUCGGGGACCUUCAAACCGUCAGGCUGAAACAUCACAAGGCUUUUUACAUCACAGGUGGAUCAGUGGCGUGUGGCGGAGGAAGUGGACAACAGCAGUAUCACGACCCCCCUCUGAUAUUUGACCUCUCUCAGGACGAGGCAGAAGAGACCCCUCUGAACCCCGAGAGUGAAGAGUACAGAUCUGUCCUGAAGGAAGUGGAGAGAGAGAGGGAGGCUCUGCUAUGGGACAUCGCCACAGACAGGGUAUCUUCGGCUGACUACACCAUGAUUCCGUCUGCAGUCCCCUGCUGUCAGCCAAACCACCCUGCCUGCCGAUGUCACAGCCUGAAAUGAGGUCAGUUGACAGCCUUGAACUCAGCACUGUUUGUCAGUGUGUUUGAUCCUAUCAACAUAUUGAAAGCACUGUCAUUUUAUACACUGAGAAGAGCAUAGUUCAAAUAUUGAGUGCAAUUUCCCAGAAAACUACACUACUUUACUAAGAAUAUGCUGAUGUGUAAAGUUGAGUCUGGGGAACAGGAAACUAUAGAUGUGCAAGAUGUUUUAAUACUUUUGUAUCCUGCCGUUUCAUGAUGAGCUAGACCAAGAAUUUUCAAAUCAGGGUCUGAAGUCCCCCAGGGGCCUGUAAGGGGGCACUUGGGGGUCCUUUUUAACACAGAUACCGGUACUGAUUUUUA